UCCGUCUCGGGGCCCAGCCGCAGUACUUCUGCGGCGGUGCCGGGAGAGAUUACCCGGAGUGGGGAGUUCGAGCCGGCGAAACCCCCACGUUUUGGACGGCGCUCCCGCGUGACUCCGAUACCCCAGCGGUGGGUGCCGGCCACGGGUGGUCUAGGCGGGGCGUCGUGGGAAGAGGGGCAGGCGGGCGGCUCGGCCUGGGCGGGGUUGGGGCCUCGGAGGCCCCUCCCCAGAGCGGGCCUGAGGGGCGCCCUCCAGAGGGUGCCCAGGACGGCCGAUCCUGACCCGCCCGGGAGCCAGCCUCAAAGCUGCGUGGCGAAGCUGCCUUAGGCGACGGGGCAGGUGUGCGGUGUCUGGCGCAUGGGGGUUGGGGUUCAGGAGAGGCCUCUGGACUUGGGUGCGAACGUCAGAACUGUACUGAGCUGCAUGAGAAGUGAGGUUGUCGCUUGUCGCCUGGAGGCCUAGGGUGAUGGAUUCACUCUUCAGGUGGCGAAGAAGCUCUGAGGAGAGAGGAAUAUAUUCUCCUCCACGUCCCAGCCAUGCCCAGCCUCAGAGCGCGCUCUGAAGAGGCAGAAAUGGAGCCCUCAGUUCCUAGACCAUCCCCUUGGAUCCCUGCAGCCCAGGCGUGUGUGAGUGAUGCUCCUGCUGUGACCCACCCUGGAUCAACACUCCGUGAUCCCCACUGCUGUGACUACACCGAGCCAGGAACCACCCCUUCUCACCAUCAGCGGCCAGAUUGGGACACCAGGACUGAGGACAAGGAGUUUCUUCAGAAGAGAGAAGUUUCUGAGGAUUUGGAAUCACAGGCAGAAGUAUCAGAAAACUAUACCAGUGAUUUUUCCCAGGCUUCUGAGUUUGGAGAACUCUGUGAGGAUGUCCUGGAGGGAGAUUGGGCAGCCCCUGACAAUGAGAAACGGGUGCAGUCCCACUACCAGGAGCGGGGCUUCACACCAGUGGCAGUGCUCCUUAGCAGCACCUUAGAGAAAGAGCUAGGCUGUAAUGACUUUGUGAGAAGCUUCAGUCUGAGCCCAAACCCAAUGGCAUCUCAGGGAAUUCCUACAGAAGAGAGAACACAUAUGUAUGACAUGUGUGGCCACAGCUUCCAACACAGUGUGGAGUUAACUAGCCAUGAAGGGCUUCACGUAGCCGAAAGCCCACUCAUAUGUAAUGAUUGUGGGAAAACCUUCAGAGGAAACCCUGAUCUUAUCCAGCAUCAGAUAAUCCAUGCUGGACAGAAGUCCUUCAUAUGCAAUGAAUGUGGAAAAUCCUUCAGUCAGAAUUCAUUUCUUAAAAGUCAUCAGAGGUCUCAUGUGAGUGUAAAACCCUACCAGUGCAGCGAGUGCAGGAAAACCUUCAGUGUGCAUUCUAACCUCAUUAGGCAUCAGAUUAACCACAGUGGUGAGAAGCCUUAUGUAUGCAAUGAAUGUGGAAAAGCCUUCAGCCAGAACUCAAGCCUUAAAAAGCACCAGAAGUCUCACAUGAGUGAGAAACCCUAUGAAUGCAGUGAAUGUGGGAAGGCAUUUAGGCGGAGCUCAAACCUCAUCCAGCAUCAAAGAAUUCAUUCUGGAGAGAAGCCGUAUGUGUGCAACGAAUGUGGGAAGGCCUUUAGGCGGAGCUCAAAUCUCAUUAAACACCAUAGGAUUCAUACAGGUGAGAAGCCUUUCCAGUGUAAUGAGUGUGGGAAAGCAUUCAGCCAGAGCUCACACCUGAGGAAGCAUCAGAGAGUUCACACUGGAGAGAGACCUUAUGAGUGUAAUGAGUGUGGCAAACCAUUCAGCCGGGUUUCCAACCUCAUUAAGCAUCACAGGGUUCACACUGGAGAGAAACCCUAUAAGUGCAGUGACUGCGGGAAGGCCUUCAGUCAGAGUUCAAGCCUCAUUCAGCAUCGAAGAAUUCACACUGGAGAAAAACCUCAUGUGUGUAAUGUGUGUGGAAAAGCCUUUAGUUACAGCUCAGUGCUCAGAAAGCACCAAAUAAUCCACACAGGAGAGAAGCCGUAUGAAUGUAGCAUCUGUGGGAAGGCCUUCAGCCACAGUUCGGCUCUCAUUCAGCAUCAGGGUGUGCACACGGGUGACAAACCCUAUGAGUGUCGGGAAUGUGGAAAAACAUUUGGUCGGAGCUCCAACCUUAUCCUUCACCAGCGCGUUCACACUGGGGAGAAACCCUAUGAAUGUACCGAAUGUGGAAAAACCUUCAGCCAGAGUUCAACUCUCAUUCAGCAUCAGAGAAUCCAUAAUGGAUUGAAACCUCAUGAAUGUAACCAGUGUGGUAAAGCCUUCAACCGAAGCUCAAACCUUAUUCACCACCAGAAAGUUCACACUGGCGAGAAGCCAUACACAUGUGUCGAAUGUGGUAAGGGCUUCAGCCAGAGUUCACACCUUAUUCAACAUCAGAUAAUCCACACUGGCGAAAGGCCAUAUAAGUGCAGUGAGUGUGGGAAAGCCUUCAGUCAGCGUUCGGUUCUCAUCCAGCACCAGAGGAUCCACACCGGCGUGAAGCCUUACGACUGCUCUGCUUGUGGGAAAGCCUUCAGCCAGCGGUCCAAGUUGGUCAAACACCAGCUGAUCCAUGCUAGGGAGUGAAACAGAGCUCCAUUCCCGACUCCUCUGGCCAUGUCCCAGCCUCACCCACUUCCCAGACUUGAAGCCAGGCUCACUUGCUGCCCUGUAAACCCAUAUCCCACUGUCCAAAAAACCUCAACCCUCCUUCCCCUGUCAUCAUUCCAGCCUCCUGUGACCUCUUGUUUCUUGUUUGUUUUGUUUAUACAUUUUGUUAUCAGACUGCCACAUUUAUUAGGAGGAAAAGGAUGAUAGAAGGUGCAUAUUCAUGAAUAGAGUUUAUUAUUAUAAUCAAACAGAACCAAAAAAGUAAAUUGACAUUUGGUUCAAAAUAACAACAGUAAUUCUUUUA